AUGGGUCUAAUCAGCGCCUACUGUAUGUGGACGAGGCUGUCAGAGGACCUUUCUGCCGCUCUGGAACAGCACGCCAACAGUCCCAACCGCUACUGCAAGACCUCCGAGUACAUGAACCUCUGCUUUAAGGUUAAGUGGUUCUACAACACCCGAAUCGCAGAUGUUCCUGAAUUUAAAAACGUCGUUCCGGCCUAUCCGAGUCAAUUUCUCAUUGAGCCAGUGGGUCUUUCCCUAAUUAGCUGGUUUGAGCCGUUCGUGAUGCAAUGGUUGAACGAGAACGAUGAAAUCUCCAUGGAUUUCCUACGAAAUGCCUAUCAACGUGACAAAAAGGACGGUUUUCACCGGUCCAGCGGUCAGGCCCUCUUCUCCAACUCCGUUGUGGACGUCUUCACACAGUUAAACCAGUGUUUCGACAUCAUGAAAAAAUUGGAGUGCCCAGAUCCGGUUGUUAAUGACCGUUUCCUUAACCGGUUUUCACAGGACGGAAUUCCUAAGGUCUUCUCAUUUUGUCUACCUAUUUGCAAUCGGGAUCUCACGGCCGCUUAA